CCUCAACACCAUCUAUCCAUCUCAACUUGGGCCUGUGUCCAUGUGGACGGUCUAAAAGGGUUCCGGUUCCAUGCGUAUUGCAUGGCUAGCCCACCUUGGUGAGAUUGGUGAGAUUGAUACGCUGCAGGACAGUAAAAUCACCAUACAGGUCGCCGUUGUAUCAACUCUUCUCUGGUCCUUCCACACAGACAUCCUUCCGUCAAAGAUCCUUCUGAGCAACUCACCUUCCAUGCUGUUGCCGGUGCUGACCUUUGACCUGAGAUAGGUACAAUUUUAGACGACUUCAUACGUGCGUUCAUCUAUUCUAUACGGCCCAUUAAGCCCUUGGUGGAAGCAAAACGUGCAGAGAUUUUUCCAUCCACAUUAUAAGUGACAUUAUCAGUUUGGCAGCCUGCGUGAGCACCGCCUUGACAUACUUUAAUGAAUCAUUCGCCGCAGACGAUAGCUCAGAAAAUAAUACACACUGAUAGAAAUAGCAAAGCUUCUCUUGACAUCGAUCUGCAUUCAAGAAUGGCCUACAUGCUGAUAAGUCGAUUGCUCGAUCACUUCGAUCGUGAAAUGCAUGGCAUCGUCAGACCUGCAUCAGCAACUGACCGAGACAGAUCAUCGAACAGCACUGUCUUCCAAGAUACAUCAUGGCCCGUCCCCUACUAUCUCCGAUUAUUUUGCUCUUCAUAGUAUCCACCCUAUUUCGCUUAUCUGCCAGUAAUCGUGAUGCGGUAGGUUAUAGAGCAUUUGAGGAGAAAUCGUACUACCUCGGUACCACGUUCAAGUUAAACUGGCAUAAGGCAUCCGCUUUUUGUCGAUCGCAAGGACUCUUCCUGGUAUCGAUCAACAGCCAGUCACAGCUAGAUGGAGUCAUUGAAUACAUCAAGAAAAGUGGAUUCUUUACUGCGAACGAAAGCAACAUCCAACUGUGGACAUCGGGCAAUGAUUUGGGAGAGCAAAACCAAUUCCUCUGGACGUCGACCGGUGAGAGGAUCACGUUUGAUCGGUGGACUCAGGGUGAACCAAACCACGGGCGGGUGAACGAUUGUACAGUGGAGCGUUGUGUGGUGCUGCAGCAUUACCAAAACGGUCUCGGUGCUACCUAUUCGUUCGAUGAUAGACCAUGCGAAGCGGAAUACUUUUUCAUGUGCGAAUCGUUAGAUGGUUAGAGUACAGGAUAUAGUGCUUGUAAUAGUGGUAAAAGGGGAUUUAGUUAUCGUAAUUCCCACUUUUACUGAGAAAUCAAAACGUGCAAAUUUCAAUAUUCGAAUUAAGUGCGUAUUCUGUAAACCGUCUGACUGAACAUUACAAAAUACAAAAGUUUACGGUUCCACUGGGCCGUAUGCAAUGCAAAGCAAUCGCAAA